AUGUCAAAACGAGACAGACGCACGCUGGAACCGAUCAAAACAAUCAGUGUUUUUUCGACUGGCACGCUUGACAGAGUGCACAAGCUUGAUUUUUCGCAUCCUAGACAUCGGUUUGAUGAAAUUGACUGGUCUAGGCCUUCUGAUUUUUCUCUGCGCGCCCUGCACAGCCGGCCUCCUCAGCGCAUCGCCGAACCGCUGGCAGCUACCUACCUCGAGACUGAGAUGAAACGGCCUGAAUUUGCUGCAAGCAAGCUAAAAUCCACAAUUCCCAACCGUAAUGUCGCCGAUAUCGACCCCAUAUCAAUAAUAACCAGCCAACAGCCCCGGCCCCUGCUUGUUUUGGGAUCAACGCCGCUGGCAGAAAUACCCCAGAACCUCUCUGAAUACAAAACUAUGAACAAUGCGAAAACUGCGAGCCAGAUGCCUGCUCAGAUACUGGCUACUCCUCACAAACGUGCUCGUGAGGCACCGAUCUUCGAGUCUGCCAUGAAGCGACGAGCGCCAGGCGGAUCAGCGUUCGAGACGCCGCGGAAAAGCGCAGAUGUUAGCUUCACCGAUGCAGAUGACAGCUUCAGUCGUGUUUCCACCGAACAGCUGCUGCGUAUGGUGGACUCUGGUCUAGUUGAUACCCCGGAGCCCAGUGCAUCACCCCGAGUCCGAUCUGCGGCACCAGGCCCUUCACCAAAAGUCUCAUCGCUCGUGUAUGCGUACACAACUGCUGGCAGAGAAAACUCCCGGAUGUGGACUCGGCAACCGAAUCCGUGGCAGGUCGAGAACAUGCCGCCGCCGACUUGGCGACCUCGUUGA